AUGUAUGGUGGUCUCUUCAAAAAGCGGCCGCGUGAAGGCGAUGCUAGUGCUGGCGGGGGCACACACAGCGGCAAUGGAGCCACCUCGCGCGGGGAUGGGUGUGUGUCGCCCGUGCCAGCUCCCCACACGGUGUACCACUACCCCUCCCACCUGCCAUUUCCCGUGUUGAUGGACGACAGCUUUCCAGCCGAGGCAUAUCGCUCACGCAGUGAGACAGUGAAGGCUGCCAUUCACUGGGGACAACGGAAACUGCUCUUGUCGGAGAUUCAGCUGUUAUCUCUUUACGCUCGGCCGAAUACAUCGUAUCACAUCGUGUAUGCCGGGUCUGCUCCCGGCACUCAUCUUGCCUUUCUUGACGAAAUGUUUCAGUGUCUGCACACGUGGGAGCUUGUGGAUCCUGGCAUGUUUGAUCGUCCAGUGCUGGAAACGCGGGCGAACUUCACGCUGCGCAAUGAAUUCUUCACAAACGCCACCGCGUACGCUAUCAACGCCCGCCGUCUAUCGGAAGUACUACCUGGGCUGGGUGCCAUCUACCGUGACGUUGCCGUUGACUGUGUGGAGUCGGGUAGGAAUGAAAUACACGAUAAACUUCAGAACAUUGUUGGAACACUUGAUGUGGCACGUGGCACGGAGGAUAUCCCGUCAAUGUACGAGCCACAUCUUGAUCUCCCAUUUGGUUUUGAGUUGCUCUGCUACGUGGGAAUGGAGCGUAACAAGCCGCUCCUGUUUGUCUCUGACAUCCGUUCUGGGAGUGUCAACCUUCCCAACUUUGAGGACCAUGUGGCGGAGAAUAUGAGGGCGCAAGAGUGCUGGUGCCAAAUUCUGCAAGGCGAGCACAGCAUGCUCAAAUUCCGGCUACCGUACACGCACAAAAGCAUCGGGUUCGGGGACAAGAGACGCAAGGUGCGGUCCAACUUGAUUGAGCCAGACGGUACAGUGAAGUAUCUUCGUGGUGAUCUCUUACUACCUAUUUGGACUCGACCGACAAGCACGGAGGGCCGCCUUGUGGUCCCGCAAGGAGCGCGCCAGGUGCCUUACAACGUCGAGCGCGUGGAGAACCAGUUUUUCUUUUUCAACGCGCGUGUUCGAGAGCAGGUGCACUUCAAUCACAUUCUCCUUCCAGACGAGAACCUUGACCACCACUUUGAUGCAGCAGCUGAAGUCAACUGCCUCCUCUCCUACCUCCGUUUCAUGUGCCCCCAUCUGAAAGAUGCUGGAGUUAACGUUUUGCGUCACGAGGUGAAACGCGUGUCGGCAACCAUCACGACACACUUGUGCAUCACUUUCCAGGAUGCUGUUCGCCGUCGUGAAGCACUCGUGUUGAAACAAGCCCGCAGCGGACACUCCGAGGAAGAGGGUGAUGAGAGUGACGGUGAGGGGAUGGAUAACGCUACCCAGCCCAGCAGCAGCGCACAGCACCACGCUUCAUGGGAGGCAGUUGCAAAGGGUGCAAUAAUAGCGGCAUCAAAAGAACGGGCUCGUGUGUUGUGGAAGCGGAGCAUUGAGGAGGCGAGCACAGAUACCCCUAGCGGCUUUUGGGUGACAACCACAAUGAAACAGUGA